CUGGGCUAUGGGGCCGCGCGUGCUGCCGCCGCGGCUCCUGCUGCUGCUGCCGGCGCUACUGCUACCGGCGCUGCUGCGCGGGGCCGAGGAGACCACGCUCUCGCUGCUGCCCGCCGCGACGAACGGGAGCCAGCCGGGCGCGCCGCACAACAGCACACACGCGAGGCCGCCGGGCGCGCCGGGCUCGCCGCUGCUGCGCUCCCUCUACGUGGUCUUGGGCUUCACGGUCCUGGCCGUGCUCUACUUCCUCAUCCGGACGUUCAGGUUGAAAAAGUCGCAGCGGAGGAGGUACGGGCUCCUGGCCAACACCGAGGACCCCACCGAGAUGGCCUCUCUGGACAGCGACGAGGAGACCGUCUUUGAAACAAGGAACCUGAGAUGAUGUUCAGGUCGGGAAGGCAGCACUUCCAGUGGCCCUGGGGGAAGGACCAGAGACAGGGCCUCUCCCAUUGCUUGGAAAGCCCCACCGAUUCCCCUGCCUGACCAGAGAGCUUGUGUGGGGCCUCGCACGCCCGCUGGAAGCCAUCUCAGCCCUCCACCCUGGACAAGACUGCCCAGGAUCCCCAGUGGAAGCCAGAGGGGCCCAGCAGCCCCACGCAGGACUCUGAGGUCCCCUGGCCACAGUGUAACUUGUGCCGCUGGCCCUUCCCGAUGGGGACAUGACAGCCCCAGGCUGAGGCCUGGCAGGUGGGUGGGCUGGGGGCCUGGCUGGGAGCACCCUACUCCUGGGCUGGGGACAAUAAAGGCAGCA